CGGAAAAGUUGACGUCUGCUUUGAAAUCCGAUCUCGCAUGUGUUGAUGGUAUGAAAGGUUUCAUGAAUGCAUGCAUGAAAAUGGGUCAAAGUAUGCCUACUUCUCCUGAAAUGGAAAGCCAAGCUGAAAAUCAGAGUUUGCAGCCCAAAAAGUUGAGGAAUCCAAUGGUUACAAUUCUGAAAGAAAUACUUAGGGAAGAAAUCAAAAUGGAAGAUGAUUUGAAAAAAGAAAACAAAGCAAUAUUGAAAGAUUUUUUGGAAACUUUUGUUUCAAGAAUGAAAAGUAAAGAUGAAACUUUUAAUCUGUUGUAUCAGCGUAAUUAUUAUACUGGCAGUUCUUUUUCUGGUCUUCGAAUAUCUAGGCCUGAUGAAUAUGAUAUUAAUUUGGUUUUAAAGUUACCUUACAGUGCAAACGAUAUUGAGGUACAAUUUCAACCUCAAACUCCUUCUUUUGUAAAGUAUAAAAUCAAGAAUCCUGAAAAGUAUCAGGAGAAGUAUGGCAAACUUGCACCUUUUAUCAAAGAUGGAUAUUUGAUGCCCAAAAAAUUACGCACCUGGAUUCAGGGAGUUGUGGAUAAAGCAAGAGUUUCAUACCAAGUUCCACAAAAAUGCAAGAGUUUAACACCUGGAUCCUCUGGUCCUGCUGUAACUGUGUAUUUAAAUAAAGAAAAUGGUGAUAAAAUUGAUAUUGACUUAGUUCUUACUUUUGAAUGUGCUCUAAAAGAAAAACCUCCUGGAAUUGAUGGAAGAGUCUAUGAAAGAGUUAAAAAUAAACUUCAGUGUUUUUUGGUUCCCAAGUCAUAUCAGAAAUCUAAUCCUUCUCCUAUAAAUGACCAAGAGUGUGACAGACUAUGGAGGACUCAUUUCCCUGUAGCUGAGAACGACAUCAUCAAUGACAAAGGAUGUGUUAAACCUGUCAUUAAAUUAUUAAAGUUAUUGAGAGAUAAGGAAAACUGGAAAAUUCUAGCAUCAUAUUAUCUGAAAACUGUUGUAAUGUGGAUGGUUUUGUCUAAUCCCAACCAGGAAUAUUGGAGAGAAGAUAAAAUGGGAGAGAGAUUCAUUGAAGCCCUGAAAAAACUUGCUGACUAUGUGAAGAAUAAGAAGUUGCCAUAUUUUUUCAGCUCAAAACAGAACUUACUGUAUAAAAUGGGGGAUGUUCAGUCAAACAAUAUUUUUUUCAGACUUACUCGUAUUAUAAGAGACAUUGAAUCUGAUCCUUCAACUCUUUGGAAAAUUUUCCAUGUAAAGCCAACUUUUCAAACAUGACAAUUAAGAGCAAGACUCUGAGAGAGUGGUCGUUCCAUAUCAAACUUUCCCUAAAACAACACUAGUUGUUGCUUGGUUAAGCUACAACUCUGUGUGCCAAAAUUGAAAUUGAAUGGCACGCAACACUACUUUUGUCAUGGCAACAAGGUAAGCUGAUAUUGGGUCAAAAAGUGCCUCUUUUAAUUACCUUUAACUUCACGGAUCUUGCAGCAGCGACUCUGUGCACACUUCUCAUUCUUUAUGUAAUUGCUAAGCUCGACAAAUAAAAAACUUACACUGUAAAAGUAAAAAUAUUUGGUGACAAGUUGUUGAGUUGUGGCUGACUGCAGUUUCUGUGUCUUAAAAAUACACUCAGUUUUUGAUGCCAUUAAAUUUUGGUGGCCAUUAAAACUGAACAACUGAUGCAAUGAUGCACAAAAAAUACUGGAUUUGGUCUUUUAAUAAUAUAAGUAACAAUUGCCAAUGUUUUCAUUAAAAUCUAAGAUGGCAUGAAUCAGUUAAUAGUGACAGGUGUGAGUUUUUCAGAUUUUUGUUCUGAAG